AAUCGAUAAAAAAUUUUUUUUUUAUGGACGCAGUUUGUACUAUUAAGGCAUUCCUUAUUAGGAAGCAAUAUUAAUUCUAUUUUUUUUUAAAAAAAAACACCACCAUAUAUAACUUAGUAUACAAUGUCUGAUAGAGGCAGUAGAGGAAGAGGUGCACAACGUGGCAGAGGCGGCGGUAGAGGAGGAAGAGGCGGUAGUACUUUUGCACAGGAUACAAAACCUAAAAAAGAAUCAAUACUGGAUCUUUCAAAAUAUAUGGACAAGAAAAUACGUGUCAAAUUUAAUGGAGGACGUGAAGUGAUAGGGUCUUUAAAAGGACAUGAUCUCUUAUUAAACCUGGUUCUUGACGAUACUGAAGAAUUUCUUAGAGACCCUGAAGAUAAUCGCUUACUAAAUGAUACUAGAUCACUUGGAUUAAUUGUUUGUCGUGGACCAGCUGUAAUAUUAAUAUCUCCGGUGGAAGGAACAGAAGAAAUAGAUAAUCCUUUCGUACAUCAAGAAUAAGGGAUACUAUUUAUAAAAAAUGUUAAACAUUUAAUGCGGGUUACUUUUAAGAAUGUCAAAAAUUAAUCCAAUUUUUUAUUAGCAUAUUUUUCUUUUUCUAAUUGUUCUUCUUUAACUUUCAUAAGUUCUCGAUAUUGUUCUUCGGAUAAUUUUGUAACUGGUGACCAUUUUAUUGCAGCUAACCAAUCUAAAAAGCUGUGUUUCUUUUUUUUAUUUUGAAUAUUUGUUUCUUUGGUAUUAUCAUCAGGUAUAUUCUGGGAUGUAUUAGAAAGUUUUUUAUCUUGAUUUGAUGAUCUAAGAAUUAUUGUUUGUCUGUAAUUAUAUAUGGUAGAAUAACAUAUUUGUCCCGCACCACAUAUAGUAGAGAAUAUAAUAAAUCCCGGUAAAGCUGCUCCUCGUCC